AUAAAUAGCCUCUUCAACAUGAACAGACCACAAACGACCUUCACAUCAACAACCGAAAGCAACCUUCUCAUCUCUGUUUCUCUCUCUCUCUCUCUCGCACCAACCCUUUAUUCAUUACAUUCAUUCGUUAUACACCAGACACCUUCAAAACAAGAAAAAAUGAGCGUGGAAGUGUUGGAUUCGGCCACCAUCAUCGGCUUCGUGGAGGACGAGGAGGCCUUCAAUGCCUUCAUAGGCGACCGCUUCUCGUGCCUCGACGUCGACCGUGACGGCCGCCUCUCCUAUGCCGAGAUGCUGCAGGAUCUGCAGGGCCUUCGGGUGUUCGAGACCCACUUCGGGGUCGACGUGAAGCCGGACCCCGACGAGCUGGCCCGCGUGUACGGCUCGCUGUUCGUGCAGUUCGACCACGAUGCCAACGGGUCAGUGGACCUGGAGGAGUUCAAGGCGGAGACGAGGAGGAUGAUGCUCGCCAUGGCCGACGACUUGGGGUUCUUGCCGGUCCAGAUGGUGUUGGAAGAGGACAGCUUCUUGAAGAAAGCCGUGGAGCGUGAGCUCACCAAAGUUGCUGCUUAAUCUGGAGCAUGUUAUUUAACAGUGAUUAAUCAUAGUGGGAAGAAAUGUGGUUGUAUUUGAGAUUUUGUCAUUUCCUAUGGCGUUUUUAUUUACGCACCCCUUAUUUUCUUAACUAAAUUAUGUACCUAAAGAGUGCUAUUACUGAUGGAUAUAAAGGACUUAGUAUUUGUUAUUAA